UGGGUGGAGAGACCCUCUCGUAUAAAAGCCCCUGGCAGGCAGCUCUCACUCCAGAUCUGAGCUGUCCGCAGAAGCAGCUGGAGGCCAGGGGAGAAACUCCUGAAGGAGAGGUGAGUUCAAUCUCUUGGAAUUCAUUUUUACAAAUGCGUAUGAGAGUCUAGGGGAAUGCAAGAAUGUCUUGAUUCCACAAGUGUUGUCUGAGGCCAACUCCAUGACAGACACACUGUAUUUCUGGAGGAUAAUGGGACCUCUGCCCUGGUAACAGUUAGACAUUUGCCAUGGCCGAGCACUUCAAACAGGUCAUUAGAUGUCCUGUCUGUCUAAAAGAUCUUGAAGACGCCGUGCAACUGAAAUGUGGAUAUGCCUGCUGCCUCCAGUGCCUCAAUUCACUCCAGAAGGAGCCUGAUGGGGAAGGUUUACUGUGCCGUUUCUGCUCUGUGGUCUCUCAGAAGGAUGACAUCAAGCCCAAGUACAAGCUGAGGGCGCUGGUUUCCAUCAUCAAGGAACUAGAGCCCAAGCUGAAAUCUGUUCUAACAAUGAACCCAAGGAUGAGGAAGUUUCAAGUGGAUAUGACCUUGGAUGUGGACACAGCCAACAACUAUCUCAUCAUUUCUGAAGACCUGAGGAGUUUCCGAAGUGGGGAUUUGAGCCAGAAUAGGAAGGAGCAAGCUGAGAGGUUCGACACUGCCCUGUGCGUCCUGGGCAACCCUGGCUUCACUUCCGGCCGCCAUUACUGGGAGGUGGACGUGGGCACCAGCCAAGUGUGGGAUGUGGGCGUGUGCAAGGAAUCUGUGAACCGACAGGGGAAGAUUGAGCUUUCUUCAGAACACGGCUUCUUGACUGUGGGUUGCAGACAAGGAAAGGUCUUUGCUGCCAGCACUGUGCCUAUGACUCCUCUCUGGGUGGGUCCCCAGUUGCAAAGAGUGGGGAUUUUCCUGGAUGUAGGUAUGAGGUCCAUUUCCUUUUACAACGUUGGUGAUGGGUGCCAUAUCUACACAUUCAUCGACAUUCCUGUUUGCGAGCCAUGGCGUCCAUUUUUUGCUCAUAAACGUGGAAGUCAAGAUGAUCAGAGCAUCCUGAGUAUCUGUUCUGUGAUCAAUCCAGCCAGUGCCAGUGCCCCGGUUUAUUCUGGGGGAAAGUAAAUAAACAUUUGAACAAAAUCAUCUUUAGGAAGUUUCUGUACGCCCAUAGCCAUAGCUAGGAACUUUUCUGCUAGAUACACAUAGGUACAAAGGGACAGAAGGGAAAGAGCCAUCACUGUGUAAACCAUGAACAGAAAGCAAUUAUAUUAAUGAGGGGAAAAUUACAUUGUACUUAAAGUUUGUCAUGUUGUUUUCUUUGGGGCUUAUGUUUAUAUUUCUGUUCAAUAAAUAUUUUGAAAAUUCA